AUGGCUUUACCAUCAGCAAUUGAGGAGUAUUCCCCUUGUUCCACAUCCUCAGAAGCAUUAACUAUCACUUGUGAUAUUGAUCUUAACCAUUCUGACAAGUGUAAGAUGGAAUGUCCAAGUAAAUUUGAUUUGCAUUUCCCUGAUGGGAUUUGCUCAAAAUACAUCGAGUCAGAACCUGAUUCAUUAGCAGCCUUACAGACCAAAGACAGGUCUGCAAGAGGGAUAGGUAUCCAUGGCUGGUUAGCCGCAUUGGGGCCCACAUUAACUGGAAACACCAUGGUGGGCAUGUGCGGCACCAUAGGUGGAACAGGCUGGGAGACGAAGACAGGGGUUUGCUUGCUUCAAGAUGGUAAUCAGGAACCCUUUAAAGUCCGGCUGCACCUUGCCAGAGACCUGCUGAUGCUACAGGAGCAAGAUGUGCUUUGUGUGUCUGGUGAGCCUUUCUAUUCUGGGGAAAGAACGGUGACGAUCAGAAGGCAGACAGUAGGAGGAUUUGGAUUAAGCAUAAAGGGAGGUGCAGAACAUAGCAUUCCAGUUGUCAUUUCCAAAAUCUCCAAGGAACAAAGAGCGGAGCUGUCAGGACUGCUUUUCAUCGGAGAUGCAAUUCUACAGAUAAAUGGAAUUAAUGUGAGGAAAUGCAGACAUGAAGAAGUGGUUCAGGUUCUUCGGAAUGCUGGGGAGGAAGUGACACUGACAGUGUCAUUUUUAAAAAGAGCACCUGCUUUCCUCAAACUCCCACUGAAUGAAGACUGUUCAUGUGCUCCAAGUGACCAAAGCAGUGGUACCUCUUCUCCUCUUUGUGACAGUGGAUUGCACCUCAACUACCAUCCAAACAACACAGAUACGCUUUCCUGCUCAUCGUGGCCCACAUCUCCAGGACUGCGGUGGGAGAAGAGGUGGUGUGACCUCAGGCUCAUUCCGCUACUGCAUGCCCGCUUCUCCCAGUACCUGCCUGGAACUGAUCUGACUCGGCCAAAUGCUUUCCAAGUUGUUGCUGUGGAUGGAGUCUGCAGUGGAAUUAUUCAAUGCCUUUCUGCUGACGACUGCAUGGAUUGGCUCCAAGCAAUAGCAGCUAACAUUUCAAACCUCACAAAGCACAAUAUCAAAAAAAUCAACAGAAAUUUCCCUGUAAACCAGCAGAUAGUCUACAUGGGCUGGUGUGAAGCACGGGAGCAGGAAAUCCUCCAGGACCGUGUGUAUACACCUGUCUUUCUUGCCUUGAGGGGCUCAUGUCUUUACAGGUUCCCAUCACCUCCAGUGACCACCUGGGAUUGGACACGAGCAGAGAAAACUUUCUCCAUAUGUGAGAUCAUGUGCAAGGUUCUCAAGGACAGUGACUUGCUGGAUCGGCGGAAACAUUGCUUUACUAUGCAGUCUGAAUGUGGGGAGGAUCUAUACUUCUCUGUGGAGUUAGAAAGUGACCUUGCCCAAUGGGAACGAGCCUUCCAAACAGCCACCUUCUUAGAAGUGGAGCGGAUACAGUGCAAGACCUAUGCAUGUGUGCUAGAGAGUCACCUAAUGGGCCUCACUAUUGACUUCACCACAGGCUUCAUCUGCUAUGAUGCAGCAACAAAGGCUGUACUAUGGAGGUAUAAAUUUUCUCAACUUAAAGGCUCCUCAGAUGAUGGCAAAAGCAAAAUCAAAUUUUUGUUUCAGAAUCCAGAUACUAAACAAAUUGAAGCAAAGGAGUUGGAAUUUUCAAAUUUAUUUGCUGUUCUUCACUGUAUUCAUUCAUUUUUUGCUGCCAAAGUAGCUUGUUUGGACCCUCUGUUUUUAGGUAAUAAGCCUGCUGCUUCUGCUGCUGACAGCUCUGCUUCUACAAGCAAAGCAAAGCAUGUGGCUUGACAUGCUGACUUCUACCUUAGAGUCCUCAGGGUCACUCCUCACUUCCACCCUGGGGAGACCACACUUUCACCAAGUCAACAGUGAAGUAAGACUGCAACCCCAGCAGAAGAAGGUCAGGAAGUAUCUGCAGCAUAUCUUACCCUGUCAGGCAUCUGCAAACAAUGCUGGAUAGGCAGAGCAGCCUAUUCUUUCUCCUCUGAUCUUUAUCAGGACAUAGAUGACCCUAUGUAUGGUGACAAAUGUUUGGUGUAAAGUAUGUAAAUAACAUGAAAGUUGUA